AUGGCUCUGCUGACCCUGCAUCGGCCCCCGUCCAUCUCCACGGCUCCGGUGAGUCCCUUUUCCCGCGCACAUCUCAAUGCAGAAAUACUAGACUUUUUAUUUUCCAUGACAUUGCCUUCACAUCAUAUGAUACUGUACUUAACAGUGUGUGAUUUGAUACACUGGCUACGCCUGCUAUUGCCUAUUCAUCCAGAAUCUAUUUGCUUUGAUUUAAUGAAUAACAACCAUUGCCUGAAGCUGUCCAGUGUCCUGCUUGAUGUAUUUAUUCUAUUCUCGAUGAUGUCAUCAUUACAGCAUUGUACCCUGUGGAUGUCAAGAUGCUCUCUGGUAGCCAAGAUGGCAUAGCUGCGGGAAGUAGGGAUGCUGAGGGUGCUGCAGCACCCCCUGAUAAAUCACAAUAAAUAAAACAUUUUAUUUUGUUUUGUGUGAAAAAAAAAUAUAUAUAUAUAUGGUUCCACAAAAUUAGUGCACUAGCCCUUUAUUACUCCUGUAUGAGUGGAGAAAAAUACUUGUCAGCAGAGCGGGGAGAUAUUGCUUACCCCUGUGCCCCACCCCUCAACAAAAUAUUUCCUCUGCAACCCCCCUUGACAAAAAAUGUCAGCACCCCCACCCCAAAACAUCUUCCCGCAGAGAUAAAGUAGAUAACUAGAGGACACAACAUGCCAUAGAUCAGUUCUUCCCAACCCUCUCCUCGUGGACCACCCAACAUUUCACAUAUGUGUUGUAGCCCUGAACUGGCACACCUGAUUCAGUUAGUCAAGGGCUUGGUGAUAGUUGACUAAUUGAAUCAGGUGUGAUUUAAGCUCAAGGCACAUGAUGUCACCGUGUAUCUGUAUUUGUGGGUGACGACAGUAGUCAAAUCUACUCCUGCUGCCUAACCCUUGAUACCACCACACGGACACUGUUCCAAAUGUUAACAUAGGCUACACUCACUCAUCCUCCCCAUGUCCUUAUCAUUUCUCCCUCACUCCCUCUGUAUUUCUCUUUCACUUCUCUUUAAACUUUUUAGAGCAACUUUAACAGGCUCAUUUAAACGUUGUUACUUCCAAGGCCUCUUUGGUAUGUUACGAGUGUGCCAAAACAUCAGGCGACAUUUUAACUUUUCUGUUCCCAGCUUCCCCAGGCUGGCGGACAUAACUUUGCCCUCCUCCGUCUCCCCGCAUACUACUGUCAUUGAGUCUUAAAUCUCUACUACUGUUAAUUCCUUUUUUUUCCUCCUUCUCUCCUCCUUUCAAACCCUCAUCGCUCCUCCCCUGUCCUCUCCUGUCCUCCUCGUCUCCAGCACCCCUCUACUCUUUUUUUCUUUCUUGUGUCUGUCUAGACAUGUCAGUUGCAUAACAGGUAAUGUUACUGUCUCAAGUUUCACUCACUCACACCGCCAAACCCUUGAUACUGCAGCGACCACUCCUUCAUGCAUUCUGUUCUCUCUCUUUUCCCUCUCUGUUUGUCUUUUCUAUUCCUCUGUUUCUUAUCCCUCUCUCCCCUCCUUUCUGUGUCCCUCGGUCAUUAACUUCCGAAGUUGUUUCCUCUGCCUCCUAUCUUUGUAGCUGCACAUUUUACUCGGGAUCCUGCUCAUUCUUUUAGUACACGCCACUUUAGAUUUCUCCUAUAAUCAAUGGGAUGACUCUAUAAUUAAGGAGGUUUGUCACUCUGUAAUCAGCAGGCUUUAACAUGUGACAAAAUAUGAUAUAUUUAUCAGAUUGUAGAUUUUCACAGUAAAGAGUUUAUAGCCUGGUCCCAGAUCUGUUUGUGUUCUUGCCAACUCCAUUGUGGUCAUUGUAAAGUUUGGCAUGGCAAGGAUUGACAGGGAGUUGGCAUGAUAGCACAAACGGACUGGCACUCAGGCUAUUAAUCAUCUUUCAAAUAAUUUCUUGAAGGAUGAAAGCAUUCCAAGAAGAGGGAGACUUCAGAAAAGGUAGAUUACUGUGUUUCUGUCUUUUGGUUGUGAAUUAAAAGUGUAUAUCGUUUGGAUAAAAUAACUACAGUUCUGAUAAUCUGUACAUUGUGAUCAUAUGGACGUUUGAACUCUCAGAGAAAAUGUUUUUUUAUAUAUUUAAUGUUUUUAUUUUUUUAUUUUUUAUCAUUCCUGCACAAUAACAUAAUAUACAGUUGCACAGUAAUUCAUAAUACAGGAAUAAUAAUUAAAUCCUCCAUAACAGGGAGAGCUUUGCUCUGGUCAAGGGGGCCGUCCUUCUCUUGGAAGGAGAGAGGGAGGGGCCUCAUGAAGAGACAUCGCCCAAUCACUCUCCUUCACCCCUGAAGCUGGGGGGCGGAGCUUCAGACACACAGCACAGACACCUGCAUGCCAUGGUGUCACUACUAAGACCAGAGGACACUAUCAAACUGGUGAGACCUGUCCACUGUCACAUGCCCACUGGUAGAAUGUAUAAAAUAAGCAGACAAUGGAUAGGACCGCCAUUGUGUGACGGUUUAAACUUGGGUCAUCUGUAGUCUGCACACCACAACACUGUAUUAGUGCUUAGAUAAUGCCUGGGCAUCAGCGUAUGGGGAAAAUGCAAGUCUUCAGGUCUCUCUUCAGCCAGGGCUACUCAUCACUGUUACGUGGUUCACCAAACCACCUCUGUUACAAUAGCAUGACUAUAACAGGCGUGAUGCCCGGAGCACUGAGUAAUGUCAUGUUAAAAGCAUCUAUUAACGGGUCACAUUCAUGUAUGCUUUUCACUAGGUCUCAGAGCUUCUUACAUUAUAGCAAGGAUGGUAUCUCACCCUAUACGCCACCAACAUGUUACAUCCUAGAUCUGGUCCCAGAUCUGUUGGUGCUCUUGCCAACUCCAUUGCUCGUUGUCAAGCCCAAACAUGUUUGGCAUAACAAGGAGUUGGCGUGAUGGCUCACACAGACUGGCACUCAUCCACUAGUAACAUCCACCUACACAUUCACAAAUGCCCUGAUAAUGCUUAACCUUUCCCUUAUCCCUCCGUUCUCCCCCUCUCUCCCUCCUACCUCCCCCUCUCCUUGCAGGCGGUGAGGUUGGAGUCAGUGAGUCCAAUCAGAGUGAGGUAUCUGAUCGUGGUCUCCACCCUCGGUAAUAAGCAGGAGAGCAUUCUCCUGGGCAUGGACUUCCCCGACACAGACAGGUGUGUGCCAUGCUGUAACCGUUACCAUGUUUCUGUGGUUAUAUCAGAUGGGUCUAGACUAGAGAAUGACUUGUGUUGAUAGAAAAUGCAUCUAGUAAAUGUUGCCAAAACGAGGGAUGAAAACAGUCUGUCUUUGUUUCUUUCAGUGAUCAGUGUACUAUCGGCAUGGUUGUGCCUAUAUGGAGUGCCACACAAGUGUAUCUGGAUGGAGAUGGGUAAGAAGUGGGAGAAAACACACUGCCAUUUAUAAACAGAGAGAAAGAUGGAUGGAUUUCCUGAGUGCAGGAGUCAAAUGAGGAAACUAGGAAAUACAGUGGGGAGAACAAGUAUUUGAUACACUGCCGAUUUUGCAGGUUUUCCUACUUACAAAGCAUGUAGAGGUCUGUAAUUUUUCUAAAACAAAAAUCCAGAAAAUCACAUUGUAUGAUUUUUAAGUAAUUAAUUUGCUUUUUAUUGCAUGACAUAAGUAUUUGAUACAUCAGAAAAGCAGAACUUAAUAUUUGGUACAGAAACCUUUGUUUGCAAUUACAGAGAUCAUACGUUUCCUGUAGGUCUUGACCAGGUUUGCACACACUGCAGCAGGGAUUUUGGCCCACUCCUCCAUACAGACCUUCUCCAGAUCCUUCAGGUUUCAGGGCUGUCGCUGGGCAAUACGGACUUUCAGCUCCCUCCAAAGAUUUUCUAUUGGGUUCAGGUCUGGAGACUGGCUAGGCCACUCCAGGACCUUGAGAUGCUUCUUACGGAGCCACUCCUUAGUUGCCCUGGCUGUGUGUUUCGGGUCGUUGUCAUGCUGGAAGACCCAGCCACGACCCAUCUUCAAUGCUCUUACUGAGGGAAGGAGGUUGUUGGCCAAGAUCUCACGAUACAUGGCCCCAUCCAUCCUCCCCUCAAUACGGUGCAGUUGUCCUGUCCCCUUUGCAGAAAAGCAUCCCCAAAGAAUGAUGUUUCCACCUCCAUGCUUCACGGUUGGGAUGGUGUUCUUGGGGUUGUACUCAUCCUUCUUCUUCCUCCAAACACGGCGAGUGGAGUUUAGACCAAAAAGCUAUAUUUGUGUCUCAUCAGACCACAUGACCUUCUCCCAUUCCUCCUCUGGAUCAUCGGCAAACUUCAGACGGGCCUGGACAUGCGCUGGCUUGAGCAGGGGGACCUUGCGUGCGCUGCAGGAUUUUAAUCCAUGACGGCGUAGUGUGUUACUAAUGGUUUUCUUUGAGACUGUGGUCCCAGCUCUCUUCAGGUCAUUGACCAGGUCCUGCCGUGUAGUUCUGGGCUGAUCCCUCACCUUCCUCAUAAUCAUUUAUGCCCCACGAGGUGAGAUCUUGCUUGGAGCCCCAGACUGAGGGUGAUUGACCGUCAUCUUGAACUUCUUCCAUUUUCUAAUAAUUGCGCCAACAGUUGUUGCCUUCUCACCAAGCUGCUUGCCUAUUGUCCUGUAGCCCAUCCCAGCCUUGUGCAGGUCUACAAUUUUAUCCCUGAUGUCCUUACACAGCUCUCUGGUCUUGGCCAUUGUGGAGAGGUUGGAGUCUGUUUGAUUGAGUGUGUGGACAGGUGUCUUUUAUACAGGUAACGAGUUCAAACAGGUGCAGUUAAUACAGGUAAUGAGUGGAGAACAGGAGGGCUUCUUAAAGAAAAACUAACAGGUCUGUGAGAGCCAGAAUUCUUACUGGUUGGUAGGUGAUCAAAUACGUAUGUCAUGCAAUAAAAUGCAAAUUAAUUACUUAAAAAUCAUACAAUGUGAUUUUCUGGAUUUUUGUUUUAGAUUCCGUCUCUCACAGUUGAAGUGUACCUAUGAUAAAAAUUACAGACCUCUACAUGCUUUGUAUGUAGGAAAACCUGCAAAAUCGGCAGUGUAUCAAAUACUUGUUCUCCCCACUGUAGCUAGCUGAGCCUGUUCUACAUUUUACAUUUUAGUCAUUUAGCAGACGCUCUUAUCCAGAGCUACUAGGGUUAAGUGCCUUGCUUAAGGGCACAUUGACAGAUUUUUCACGUAGUCGGCUCGGGGAUUAGAACCAGCGACCUUUCGGUUACUGGCACAACGCUCUUACCCACUAAGCUACCUGCCGCCCUACGGUUGGCCUGGCAUCUUGGAGGCUGGCCAGAUAUAAUAAUACCAAUGAGUAAUCUCUCUCUGUUUAUGUACUUGGAUCAUUCCCCUGAAUUACAUCUGUUUCUGUCACUAUGUCACCCCUUAUGUCAACACUUUAAACAUCUGCAUUCACCACAUAAGUACUUUAUAAAGGUUUGCUAACAAUGUGUUGACUGUAAAGUUUAUGAAGUGCUUUUGGCUGUUCUGGGAUGUGGUCAGGAUUGUGUUGCUCAUUGACCUGGGUGUGCAGCAGUGUCGGCUCAAGGGAGAAGUUUCCUUUUACCACAGAUCUAGGAUCAGAUUACUCCACCUCCGAUCUUAACCAGGAGUAUGAAAGAGCUUUUGAGGACAUGUUCAGAUCUGGAGCUAAAUAAAACCCCAGAAACAGCAUUAGGGUUUUGAUUUUGUAGCCCUGCCUGUUCUGUGUACUGGUAAUGUAGAAAUAAUAUGUAGGGUUGGGCGCUAUACAGAUUUUCAUCCCGUUUCUGUACUAUACUGGGGUAUACGGUAUUACCGGAAGUGCAUACAAUAAAGUAAUUAUAAUAAUGAUACAAAUAUUUGACUCACAAAACAAUUUAGGCAACAGGGAUCUUUAUCCAAGAGGGGAUUGAAUGUCUCUGCUGUAACCAAGAAGCUUGAUCUUGACAUCUAGACACUUAGCUAGCAAGUUAGCAAACCAAAUGCAUAGCUGAAUCCCUGAGCGGGAAUCUUAGAUUUCUUAUAGUUAUACUUAACUUUUUAUAUACAGUACCAGUCAAAAGUUUGGACACGCCUACUCAUUCAAGGGUUUUUCUUUAUUUUUACUAUUUUCUACAUUGUAGAAUAAUAGUGAAGACAUUAAAACUAUGAAAUAACACAUAUGGAAUCAUGUAGUAACCCAAAAAGUGUUAAACAAAUCAAAAUAUAUUUUAUAUUUGUCAUUCUUCAAAGUAGCCACCCUUUGCCUUGAUGACAGCUUUGCACACUCUUGGCAUUCUCUCAACCAGCUUCAUGAGGUAGUCCCCUGGAAUGCUUUUCCAACAGUCUUGAAGGAGUUCCCACAUAUGCUGAGCACUUGUUGGCUGCUUUUCCUUCACUCUGCGGUCCAACUCACCCCAAACCAUCUCAAUUGGGUUAAGGUCGGGUGAUUGUCGAGGCCAGGUCAUCUGAUGCAGCACUCCAUCACUCUCCUUCUUGGUCAAAUAGCCCUUACACCGCCUGGAGGUGUGUUUUGGGUCAUUGUCCUGUUGAAAAACAAAUGAUAGUCCCACUAAGCACAAACCAGAUGGGGUGGCGUAUCGCUGCAGAAUGCUGUGGUAGCCAUGCUGGUUAAGUGUGCUUCGAAUUCUAAAUAAAUCACAGACAGCGUCACCAGCAAAGCACCCCCACACCAUCACACCUCCUCCUCCAUGCUUCACGGUGGGAACCACACAUGCAGAGAUCACCUACUCUGCGUCUCACAAAGACACGGCGGUUGGAACCAAAAAUCUCCAAUUUGAACUCAUCAGACCAAAGGACAGAUUUCCACCGGUCUAAUGUCCAUUGCUCGUGUUUCUUGGCCCAAGCAAGUCUCUUCUUAUUAUUGGUGUCCUUUAGUAGUGGUUUCUUUGCAGCAAUUCGACCAUGAAGGCCUGAUUCACGCAGUCUCCUCUGAACAGUUGAUGUUGAGAUGGGUCUGUUACUUGUACUCUGUGAAGCAUUUAUUUGGGAUGCAAUCUGAGGUGCAGUUAAUUGCAGAUUUCUGAGGCUGGUCACUAAUGAACUUAUCCUCUGCAGCAGAGGUAACUCAUGGUCUUCCUUUCCUGUGGCGGUCCUCAUGAGAGCCAGUUUCAUCAUAGAGCGUGAUGGUUUUUGCGACUGCACUUACAUUUUAGUCAUUUAGCAGACACUCUUAUCCAGAGCGACUUACAGUUAGUGAGUGCAUACAUUUUUUUUUUUCAUACUGGCCCCCCGUGGGAAUCAAACCCACAACCCUGGCGUUGCAAACGCCAUGCUCUACCAACUGAGCUACACGGGACACUUGAAGAAACUUUCAAAGUUCUUGAAAUGUUCUGUAUUGACUGACCUUCAUGUCUUAAAGUAAUGAUGGACUGUCGUUUCUCUUUGCUUAUUUGAGCUGUUCUUGCCAUAAUAUGGACUUGGUCGUUUACCAACUAGGGCCAUCUUCUGUAUACCAACCCUACCUUGUCACAACACAACUGAUUGGCUCAAAUGCGUUAAGAAGGAAAGAAAUUCCACAAAUUAACUUUUAACAAGGCACACCUGUUAAUUGAAAUGCAUUCCAGGUGACUACCCCAUGAAGCUGGUUGAGAGAAUGCCAAUAGUGUGCAAAGCUGUCAUCAAGGCAAAGGGUGGCUACUUUGGAGAAUCUCAAAUAUAAAAUAUAUUUUGAUUUGUUUAACACUUUUUUGGUUACUACAUGAUUCCAUAUGUGUUAUUUCAUAGUUUUGAUAUCUUCACUAUUAUUCUACAAUGUAGAAAAUGGUCAAAAUAAAGAAAAACCCUGGAAUGAGUAGGUGUCCAAACUUUUGACUGGUACUGUAUAUUUCUUAAAAAUCGGUAUUGAAAAUCAUACCGUCUGUAUUUCUAAAUACCCCGUUAAAUGGUAUAUUCGGCCAAGCCUAGUAACAGGGCUCACAUGCUGUGUGUCUGUUUGUUACAGACAGUCUUUGAUCUGACACUCACACCCACAGACUGGGUUUCUGCCAUCAGCAGGCACACACCUUCACACAGCUAACAGUGUUCUCUCUCUCGUUCUCUUUCACACACCAUCCAUCUGUCUGUCACACACUCUCUCAUCUCCCUCCUUUUUUCUUACCUUCUCAGUGGGUUCAGUGUCAUGUCAGCAGAAGAGACCAGAAUCUUCAAGCCUGUUUCCAUACAGACCAUGUGGUAGGUUUUAUUCAAGCCUGUUUCCAUACAGACCAUGUGGUAGGUUUUAUUCAAGCCUGUUUCCAUACAGACCAUGUGGCAGGUUUUAUUCAAGCCUGUUUCCAUACAGACCAUGUGGUAGGUUUUGUUCAAGCCUGUUUCCAUACAGACUGAGUGGUAGGUUUUAUUCUGUUUGACACAUACAGUAAACACACACACACACGAUACACAUAAUAUUCCCUUUCAGUACUGUAAUAGGAUGACCUAGAACCUCUACGCUUUCAUCCAUCAUGGCCUUGCCUCUUCCCCUGUGUAGACCCUAAUGUGUCUGUCCACUGUCCCCAGGUCAGUGCUGCAGGCGCUGCAUGGCUGCUGUGAGCGGGCGGUGAAGGGGGCAGUGAUCCCAGGCUGUGGGCUGGACUGGGCCCAACACUACUACGGCCAUGUGGAGUCUAACCGCCUCUGUCUCAACGAGUGGGGAGCCAUGACAGGCCUGGAGUCAAUCAGGAGGGACAGCGCCGGACAGAGGUGUGUGCAUGUGUUUGUCUCUAUGUGUGUGUGUUGGGGAGAUGUGGGUAGUGAUACUCUGUCUGUCUGUCUGUCUCUGCGCAGCUCGACCGAGAGGGUGUCUGUGGAGAGGCAGAUCAAAGAGGAACUCCGAGACAUCAUGAGAACAGAGGACCUGGAGAACAUCACCUCCAAACAGGUACCACAGAGAGAAGGAGAUGAAGAUGUGAUGUUAUAUAUUGGAACAAGCCCCGUUCAAACUAAAAUUGACAAAGAUGCAAAAAUACCAAUAUUUGUCAAGGUCACGGACAAACAAUGGCUGACAUAGCUGUCUGAAAUACAAGUAGAAGUAGAUGAAAUGUGUCUGGUAACAUAGAGGCAGUCUACUGUCUACAGUCUGUGACCUAAAUUAAUGACUUGAAGAGUCUGUGUCCGGAUCUAUGACACCUUACUUGUAACACAAGCCAUUUGAACCGGCCAAGUCACAACAUGGCGUCGUGCUGUUGAUCAGUUGGCCAUCCUCCUCCUGUCUCCGUCCCCAGGUCCGCAGUGCCCUGGAGACCAGGAUAGGCAUGGAUAUGAAGAACUACAAGGAGUACAUCGACAACGAGAUGAUGGUCACCAUGGCGCAGAUGGACAAGCCCUCCAAAAUAUUUGACUACUUGUUCCUGGUCAGUCCCAUCUGACUUAGACCCUUAACAAUAUCACAUUUUACCUUUGGCCAAUGCCACUCAGCAGUAGCCUCUAACCACAGAUCUGGAAUCAGAUUCCCUAAUCCUAACCUUAAUCAUGAGGAGGUUGUAAAGAGUAUAUGACACUGGACCAGUUGUUAAGUUGUAAAUAAAUCUCCUCUGGGCUGAUCACCACAGGAAGUACAUUUUAAAUGUUUACGUUUUAGUCAUUUAGCAGAUGCUAUUAUCCAGAGUGACUUAACAGUAGUGAGUGCAUAGAGUUCAUACAUUUUUGUACUGGUCCCCCCCAUGGGAAUUGAACCCACAACCCUGGCGUGGUAGGCGCCAUGCUCUAUCAACUGAGCCACAGAGGAAGUGUGUUGCAAUCAAUAGUAUAUGAAAUGACUCGAAUUUCCCUUUUCAGAGCCUAGUGUUUACAGCUGUUGAAUCGAAAGCUCUGGCCCUUUAGCGUCCUCUCUCCUCUCCAGUGAAUAAGUCUCUGUCUCUCUCUCUCUCUCUCUAUCUCUGUCUUUUAGGGGUCUGAGUGGAAUGCUGCCAACUUUGAGGAGCUACAGAAAAACAAGUAAGCCCAUUUACUGUGUUUGUGUGCCUGUUAUUGACUUAUAUAAGGUGUGUGUGCAAACGAACAAGCCAAAGUGUUGUGUGGUUUCUGGGUAACUAAGUGUCUGCCAAUGAUGUUUCAGUGUGGGCUACAUCCUGAACAUUACGCGGGAGAUCGAUAACUUCUUCCCAGAAUCCUUCAGCUACAUGAACAUCAGGGUGUACGACGUGGAGGCUACAGACCUGCUGUCACACUGGAAAAACACGUACACCUUCAUCAACACAGCCAGGUAGUCCCACCCUCCUCCCCUCUCUCCUAUGCAUUCUCCCUGCAUUGUACUGUAACGAUGUGGCUUUGACAUAGAUUUAUGUAUAUUCUAUAAAUAUAUUUUACUGUUUGAAUGUUUUGUAACUUUGUGCCCCCCCUGGAUAAGUCAGCGACAGUCGCACAAUGAUGACACUCUCCAUUUUAGUCGCACAAUGAUGACACAACCCCUCUCUCUCCCCCCAUACAGGCAGAGUGGCCAGGCGGUGCUGGUGCACUGUAAGAUGGGCGUGUCUCGCUCUGGGUCCACGGUGGUGGCGUACGCCAUGAAGCAACAGCGCUGGUCCCUGGAGGUGGCUCUGUCCUACGUCAGGGACCGCAGGCCCAUCGUCCAGCCCAAUGAAGGCUUCAUGAAACAGCUCCACACCUACAGCGGCAUCCUCAACGCCAGGUCAGCAUAUUCAUUAUCCUGUGUGUGUGUGUGUGUGUGUGUGUGUGUGUGUAACCCAAUAUCACCUGUAUGUUCACUGUACCCUCCAUUCCAGUCAGCAGCGCCACAGUGCUCUCUGGAGGCGGAAGUCACGAGAGCAGAGAAAGAUUGAGAGAAAGCGCUCUGCUGCUUCACGCAGCAACGAGGAGGAGGAAGAGGAGGAGAGCGACGGACAAGAAGAAGAAGAAGAAGAUGAGGAUGAUGAUGAUGAAGAAGAAGAGAUGGAGAGUCCAGAUGAAGUUGAUGAGGCAGAUAAAGAGGUAAAGGAUACUAAAUGUUUAUGGUUAGGAUUAGGUCUGUGGCGAUCAUUACAUUUAGUCAGCCAUUAACUGUCAUGCAAAUGACUGCCAGUCUCACGGUAAUGGACCGUUAAUUAACAUAAACACAUUUAGCAUCUCUGAAACGUACAAGCCGCUGAUGUGCGCCUUUGGAACAUCUACAAGUCUAAUAAAUCUGUUUAAUAUACACCAUCACAAUAAAUCCAUUAUUUUAGGCAGAUCUUAAGAAACAUUAUGAUAUGAAGAAAAUGUAUUUCAGAAGAACAGAAUUUCAUAUGCUUAUAAUGCCCGUACCAUUAUUUUAUAUUAUAUGAUUUUAUAGUAAGAAGACUAUGUGAACAUAGCUGAAUAAAAUAUAUAUUUUUCUCAAACGGUUGCCUCGGGAGUACGCACAUGAAGCGCCUAUUCUGUGUUUAGAGUAAAAAGUUAUCGUUUGAAACAGCUCUGUUUCUUGCUUAGACUGUACAUGCUGUUCAUUAGUCUCUCAUUCACAAGUGAUAAUAUUCUCACCCAUCAGACUAUUCUAUAAUUAAUAUUGUCUUUACAUAUUAGGGCUAUAAUAAAUAUUAUAAACUGGGUGGUUCGAGUCCUGAAUGCUGAUUGGCUGAAAGCGGUGGUAUAUCAGACCGUAUACCACAGGUAUGACAAAACAUUUAUUUGUUACGGCUCUAAUUAGUUGGUAACCAGUUUAUAAUAGCAAUAAGACACCUCGGAGGUUUGUGAUAUAUGGCCAAUAUACCACGGCUAAGGGCUGUGUCCAGGCACUCCGCGUUGCGUUGUACAUAAGAACAGCCCUUAGCCGUGGUAUAUUGGCCAUAUAUCACACCCCCUUGGGCCUUAUUGCUUAAAUAUACAGUGCAUUCGGAAAGUAUUCAGACCCCUUGACUUUUUCCAAAUGUUGUUACGUUACAGCCUUAUUCUAAAAUUGAUUCGAUUUUUUUGUUUUCCCUCAUCAAUCUACCCACAAUACCCCAUAAUGGAAAGGCAAAAACACGUUUUUAGAAAUUUUAGCAAAUGUAUAAAAAAAAAAUAUAUAUAUAUAUAUAUAUAUCAUGGAAAUAUUACAUUUACAUAAGUAUUCAGACCCUUUACUAAGUACUUUGUUGAAGCACCUUUGGCAGCGAUUACAGCCUUGAGUCUUGGGUAUGACACUACAAGCUUGGCACACCUGUAAUUGGGGAGUUUCUCCCAUUCUUCUCUGCAGAUCCUCUUAAGCUCUGUCAGGUUGGAUGGGGAGCGUCGCUGCAGAGCUAUUUUCAGGUCUCUCCAGAGAUAUUAGAUCAUGUUCAAGUCCGGGCUCUGGCUGGGCCACUCAAGGACAUACAGAGACUUGUCCUGAAGCCACUCUUGCAUUGUCUUGGCUGUGUGCUUAGGGUCAUUGUCCUGUUGGAAGGUGAACCUUCACCCCAGUCUGAGGUCCUGAGCGCUCUGGAGCAGGUUUUCAUCAAGGAUCCCUCUGUACUUUUCUCCGCUCAUCUUUCCCUCGAUCUUGACUAGUCUCCCAGUCCCUGCCUGCUGAAAAACAUCCCCACAGCAUAAUGGUGCCACCACCAUGCUUUACCGUAGGUAUGGUGCCAGGUUUCCUCCAGACGUGACGCUUGGCAUUCAGGCCAAAGAGUUCAAUCUUGGUUUCAUCAGACCAGAGAAUCUUGUUUCUCAUGGUCUGAGAGUCCAGUUUUGGCAAACUCGGCAUGGGUCCUCAGAUCCUCAAAAAAUUCUACAGCUGCACCAUCGAGAGCAUCCUGACUGGUUGCAUCACCGCCUGGUAUGGCAACUGCUUGGCCUCCGACCGCAAGGCACUACAGAGGGUAGUGCGUACGGCCCAGUACAUCACUGGGGCCAAGCUUCCUGCCAUCCAGGACCUCUAUACCAGGCGGUGUCAGAGGAAGGCCCUCAAAAUUGUCAAAGACUCCAGCCACCCUAGUCAUAGACUGUUUUCUCUGCUACCGCACGGCAAGCGGUACCGGAGUGCCAAGUCUAGGUCCAAAAGAUUUCUCAACAGCUUCUACCCCCAAGCCAUAAGACUCCUGAACAGCUAAUCAUGGCUACCCGGACUAUUUGCACUGCCCCCCCACCCCAUCCUUUUUACGCUGCUGCUACUCUGUUAAUUAUUUAUGCAUAGUCACUUUAACUCUACCCACAUGUACAUAUUACUUCAACUAGCCGGUGCCCCCGCACAUUGACUCUGCACCGGUACCCCCCUGUAUAUAUAGCCUCCCUACUGUUAUUUUAUUUUACUUCUGCUCUUUUUUUUCUCAACACUUUUUUUUAUUUUAUUUUUAUUUUUAAGUAAGCAUUUCAUCGUAAUGUCUGCACCUGUUGUAUUCGGCGCAUGUGACCAAUAAAAUUUGAUUUGAUUUGGAAUGUGCCUUUUACUGAGGAGUGGCUUCCGUCUGGCCACUCUACCAUAAAGUCCUGAUUGGUGGAGUGCUGCAGAGAUGGUUGUCCUUCUGGAAGGUUCUCCCUUCUACACAGAGGAACUCUGGAGCUCUAUCAGAGUGACCAUCAGGUUCUUGGUCACCUCCCUGACCAAGGGCUUACUUCCCCGAUUGCUCAGUUUGGCCUGGCGGCCAGCUCUAGGAAGAGUCUUGGUGGUUCCAAACUUCUUUAAUUUAAGAAUGAUGGAGGCCACUGUGUUCUUGGGCACCUUCAAUGCUGCAGACAGUUUUUGGUACCCUUCCCCAGAUUUGUGUGUCGACACAUUCCUGUCUCUGAGCUCUACGGACAAUUCCUUCGACCUAAUGGCUUGGUUUUUGCUCUGACAUGCACUGCCAACUGUGGGACCUAUAGACAGGUGUGUGCCUUUCCAAAUCAUGUCCAAUCAAUUUAAUUUACCACAGGUGGACUCCAAUCAAAUUGUAGAAACAUCUCAAGGAUGAUCAAUGGAAACAGGAUGCACCUGAGCUCAAUUUCGAGUCUCAUAUCAAAGGGUCUGAAUACUUAUGUAAAUAAGGUAUUUCUAAAAACCUGUUUUCGCUUUGUCAUUGUGAUAUUGUGUGGAGAUUGAUGAGGAAAAAAAUGUAAUUUAAUCAAUUUUAGAAUAAGGCUGUAACGUAACAAAAUUUUGAAAAAGUCAAGGGGUCUGAAUACUUUCCGAAUGCACUGUAUGUGUGAAAUUAGUUUUGAUAAAAAAUUGGCAUUAUCAGCUGCAUGGGCAUGCCAUCAGUGUGCACUCGAAAAGCGAAUGUAGGACGCUUUUACUGAGUUGCCAGGUAGGCUACGCCGUUGUAAAGUGAAGCAAUGUGUGCCUAAAAUUAGGAGUUGAGAAAUAGGCUAGUAGAAAUAAAAAAAGCUGGGAUCCUUCUCUUUUUCAUAGAGGCCAUCAAAACUCUAUUUCCACACGUGAUUGCUUAAAGAAAUGUUGCGCUAUGACUCGGCUUAUGAGAACACUUUCGCUCCAACCUGCUUCAGCUUAUCAACCAGAUAAUUAUAUUAGCCUCUGUUUUAAAAGGUAUUCAUGCAUAUCGGGUCCUGGUGGGAAAGCCCUGGGUCCAUUUCGGAACGAGACCUCUAACUCCCAUCACCAUUUAUCCUCAUCAUUCAGAUCAGGGGGUCGCGUUAGCUUUCAAGUCUGCAUUUUCAAAAUGCAGACCCUCCAAAAAUCUGUGUUUUAAUUGAUCUGCGUUCUAACUAAACAGACAUUUAAUACAUGGCUCCACUUACUGCUCUGGUCUAGAAUGCAGUACAAUACGGCUCAGUUCAAGAGGGUGCUAUUUAAAACGUAGUUUUCUUUACCCUAUGUCAUAAUCACAUACAAUAAUUAUUAUAUUAAUCUGAACGAUAUUAUAGUCUUAAUAUGCUUGUACUCGACAGUGUUGAUGAAAUACGAAUGCAAAGAAAUUGCCAGCUCUUGACACGCAUCAUUCAUUCAUUAUGAAUUAGAUUUCUUUGAUUUCAUUCUUCAUUAAUGUAACCACAAUGUUCAGUUGAAAUGACAGAGGCACUCGCAUUUGCACGCACCAACAGUAGGGACAUCUUAUUGAUAAAAUAUAUAAAUGAUGGAUUUGAGAUAAUUAGUCAUCUGAGGAAGUGAAAUCUCUAAAUGCAUUAGCUAGGUAAUAUGCUGCUAGUUAGCUGUAUAAUAUAUUAAUCUAACAGUUAAUGUAGUUAGUUAACUGGCAAGUGUCUUCACUGACAUUUUCAACCUCUCACUGACUGAGUCUGCAAUACCUACAUGUUUCAAGCAGACCACCAUAGUCCCUGUGCCCAAGAAAGCGAAGGUAACCUGCCUAAAUGACUACCGCCCCGUAGCACUCACGUCAGUAGCCAUGAAGUGCUUUGAAAGGCUGGUCAUGGCUCAUAUCAGCACCAUCAUCCUGGAAACCCUAGAACCACUCCAAUUCGUAUACUGCCCCAACAGAUCCACAGAUGACUCAAUCGCACUCCACACUGCCCUUUCCCACCUGGACAAAAGGAACAUCUAUGUGAGAAUGCUGUUAAUUAACUACAGCUCAGCGUUCAACACCAUAGUGCCCACAAAGCUCAUCACUAAGCUAAGGACCCUGGGACUAAACACCUCCCUCUGCAACUGGAUCCUGGACUUCCUGACAGGCUGCCCCCAGGUGGUAAGGUUAGGCAACAACACAUCUGCCACGCUGAUCCUCAACACAGGGGCCCCUCAGGGGUGCAUGCUUAGUCCCCUCCUGUACUCCCUGUUCACCCACGACUGCGUGGCCAAGCAUGACUCCAACACCAUCAUCAUUAAGUUUGCUGACGACACAACGGUGGUAGGCCUGAUCACCGAUAACGAUGAGACAGCCUAUAGGGAAGAAGUCAGAGACCUGGCAGUGUGGUGCCAGGACAACAAUCUCUCCCUCAACGUGAGCAAGACAAAGGAGAUGAUCGUGGACUACAGGAAAAGGAGGGCCGAACAUGCCCCCCCAUUAACCUCGACGGGGCUGUAGUGGAGCGGGUCGAGAGUUUCAAGUUCCUUGGUGUCCACAUCACCAACAAACUAUCAUGGUCCAAACACACCAAGAACGUCGUAAAGAGGGCACAACAACGCCUUUUCCCCCUCAGGAGACUGAAAAGAUUUGGUAUGGGUCCCCAUAUCCUCAAAGUUCUACAGCUGCACCAUCGAGAGCAUCCUGAUCGGUUGCAUCACUGCCUGGUAUGGCAACUGCGUGGCAUCCGACGUAAGGCGCUACAAAGGGUAGUGCAUACAGCCCAGUAUAUCACUGGGGCCAAGCUUCCUGGCAUCCAGGACCUACAGUGGCUUGCGAAAGUAUUCACCCCCCUUGGCAUUUUUCCUAUUUUGUUGCCUUACAACCUGGAAUUAAAAUGGAUUUGGGGGGGGUUUGUAUCAUUUGAUUUACACAACAUGCCUACCACUUUGAAGAUGCAACAAAUAAGACAAAAAAACAGAACUUGAGCGUGCAUAACUAUUCUCCCCCCCCCUUCCAAGUCAAUACUUUGUAGAGCCACCUUUUGCAGCAAUUACAACUGCAAGACUGCUGGGGUAUGUGUCUAUAAGCUUGGCACAUCUAGCCACUGGGAUUGUUGCCCAUUCUUCAAGCCAAAACUGCUCCAGCUCCUUCAAGUUGGAUGGGUUCCGCUGGUGUACAGCAAUCUUUAAGUCAUACCACAGCUUCUCAAUUGGAUUGAGGUCUGGGCUUUGACUAGGCCAUUCCAAGACAUUUUAAAUGUUUCCCCUUAAACCACUCAAGUGUUGCUUUAGCAGUAUGCUUAGGGUCAUUGUCCUGCUGGAAGGUGAACCUCCAUCCCAGUCUCAAAUCUCUGGAAGACUGAAACAGGUUUCCCUCAAUAAUUUCCCUGUAUUUAGCGCCAUCCAUCAUUCCUUCAAUUCUGACCAGUUUCCCAGUCCCUGCUGAUGGAAAAACAUCCCCACAGCAUGAUGCUGCCACCACCAUGCUUCACUUUUGGAGGUGUAGCUGUGGAUGUAUUUCAAGGCCUACCUUCAAACUCAGUGCCUCUUUGCUUGACAUCAUGGGAAAAUCAAAAGAAAUCAGCCAAGACCUCAGAAAAAAAAUGGUAGACCUCCACAAGUCUGGUUCAUCCUUGGGAGCCAUUUCCAAACACCUGAAGGUACCACAUUCAUCUGUACAAACAAUAGUACGCAAGUAAACACCAUGGGACCACGCAGCAGUCAUACCGCUCAGGAAGGAGACGGGUUCUGUCUCCUAGAGAUGAACAUACUUUGGCGCGAAAAGUGCAAAUCAAUCCCAGAACAACAGCAAAGUACCUUGUGAAGAUGCCGGAGGGGACAGGUACAAAAGUAUCUAUAUCCACAGUAAAACAAGUCCUAUAUCGACAUAACCUGAAAGGCCGCUCAGCAAGGAAGAAGCCACUGUUCCAAAACCGCCAUAAAAAAGCCAGACUACAGUUUGCAACUGCACAUGGGGACAAAGAUCGUACUUUUUGGAGAAAUGUCCUCUGGUCUGAUGAAACAAAAAUAGAAUUGUUUGCCCAUAAUGACCAUCGUUAUGUUUGGAGGAAAAAGGGGGUCGCUUGCAAGCCGAAGAACACCAUCCAAAACAGUGAAGCACGGGGGUGGCAGCAUUAUGCUGUAGGGGUGCUUUGCUGCAGGAGGGACUGGUGCACUUCACAAAAUAGAUGGCAUCAUGAGGAAGGACAAUUAUGUGGAUAAAUUGAAGCAACAUCUCAAGACAUCAGUCAGGAAGUUAAAGCUUGGUCGGAAAUGGGUCUUCCAAAUGGACAAUGACCCCAAGCAUACUUCCAAAGUUGUGCCAAAAUGGCUUAAGGACAACAAAGUCAAGGUAUUGGAGUGGCCAUCACAAAGCCCUGACCUCAAUCCUAUAGAAAAUGUGUGGGCAGAACUGAAAAAGUGUGUGCGAGCAAGGAGGCCUACAAACCUAACUCAGUUACACCAGCUCUGUCAGGAGGAAUGGGCCAUAAUUCACCCAACUUAUUGUGGGAAGCUUGUGGAAGGCUACCCAAAAUGUUUGACCCAAGUUAAACAAUUUAAAUGCAAUGCUACCAAAUACUAAUUGGGUAUAUAUAAACUUCUGACCCACUAGGAGUGUGAUGAAAGAAAUAAAAGCUGAAAUAAAUCACUCUACUAUUAUUCUGAUAUUUCACAUUCUUAAAAUAAAGUGGUGAUCCUAAAUGAUCCUAAUACCCAAUUUUUACUAGGAUUAAAUGUCAGGAAUUGUGAAAAACUGAGUUUAAAUGUAUUUGGCUAAGGUGUAUGUAAACUUCCGACUUCAACUGUAUAUACUGAGAUCAUGUGACGGAUCAUUUGACACUUAGAUUGCACACAGGUGGACUUUAUUUAACUAAUUAUGUGACUUCUGAAGGUAAUUGGUUGCACCAGAUCUUAUUUAGGGGCUUCAUAGCAAAAGGGGUGAAUACAUAUGCACGCACCACAUUUCCAUUAUUUAUUUUUUAGAAUUUUUAGAAUUUUUCAUUUCACUUCACCAAUUUGGACUAUUUUGUGUAUGUCCAUUACAUGAAAUCCAAAUAAAGGCCCAAAAAUGUGUCAAAGACUCCAGUCACCCAAGUCAUAGACUGUUCUCUCUGCUACCGCACGGCAAGCGGUACCGGAGCGCCAAGUCUAGGUCCAAAAGGCUCCUUAUCAGCUUCUACCCCCAAGCCAUAAGACUGCUGAACAAUUAAUCAGAUGAUUAUUUGCAUUGACUCCCCCGCCCCCCUUCUGUUUAUUAUCUAUGCAUAGUCACUUUACCCCUACCUACAUUAAGAAAGGACCUGGACUAACCUGUACCCCCGCACAUUGACUCGGUACCGGUACCCCUUGUAUACAGCCUCAUUAUUGUUAUUUUAUUGUGUUUAUUUAUUUUCUUAAAACUGCAUUGUUGGUUAAGGUCUUGUAUGUAAGCAUUUCACUGUUGUAUUUUGAGCAUGUGACAAAUAAAAUUAGCUUUGAACAGUUAAAUUAAUGUCCUAAAAACUUGCAAGAUACCCAAUGAUGCAGAAGUGAAGGUCUGAAUACUUUCCGAAUGCACUGUAUAUCUCAAAGCCAUAGCCUACCAGAUACUUCGGUUAAAAAUGGUGCUCAAACUGUCCAUAUGGAGAGUUGAGAAAUACAUGUAACGCAUACAAAAAGCUGAGACCCUCCCUCUCCAACAGUACAACAGUAUUUGCUUUCAAAACUAUUAUUUUCCCUACAGUUGCAAUUUGAAAUGUCGCAAUCCCAACACAUUUCUCUUCCUCUACUCUCCCACCCACUCGGAGCGCGUGUGGUUUGAGGGUGUGGUUUGGAGGAUGGAUGAGACGUUUCGGAGAAUAGCAGUCUAUUUAAAUAUAAAAAUUUGGAACAAGAAAUUGAAUGCCAUGGUCAUUACACCUGCGUUUUCAGAAUGCAACAUUUUGGGGGGGGCGUUUUUUUUUUAGCGUGAGAAAGGCAGUAUUCUGCUAUUGCAACCUCGGCAUAUUAUUCAAAUUCAAUCAUGAAGUGUUUGAUGUGGUUUUCGAUUGCAUUUGCGUUGAUGUUAGAGUGAUUGAACAAUAAUCAUUAAAAAAAUAAUAAUAAUAAAGAGUGAUUGGACAAUAGAGCGCCGAGUACCAGGCCAUUAGCGACUUGACGACCAUCCGCAUGUUUGGUAGGCUACUAACGCCCAUCAGCACCAUUCAUUGAUAGAGCUCAGUUUUGGAGUAGCCUAGUUACCGUGACUUAACAGUCACGUGGAAUUUGACUGCGGUUAUCACACGUGACCGUCACCGUAACAGUAACAGCCCUAGUUAGGAUGAUAUUGUCAAGAUUUAAUUGUAUUUUGUGGAAAUUAUAUUUGAAUCCUUUGAGGUGCAAUCAUAAGUCUUAUCUCUCAAUCUCUGUCUUGACUAGGUAUUUGAAGAGCCUGCCCCCAAGUCUGAGACUGACCCAGAAGCUCCACCCACGGAACCGGCUGCUUCACCCAUGGAACCGGAUUCCCCGCUCACGGAACCGGCCUCCCCAUCCACGGAACCGGCCUCCCCACCCACGGAACCGGCCGCCCCACCCACGGAACCGGACGCCCCACCCACGGAAUCGGACGCGCCACCCACGGAACCGACUGCAGCCAAUCCCCUCAUCACUGUACACAACAGUGACAAGGUGGGCAACCUCUCUUACAAGUGACAUGACAAAACCUUCUCUAACAUUUAUAUUACAUUGAACCAAUGUCAAAAUCAACCUGUUUAUCCAUCUCUAAUAUCCUCCCUCCUUCUACCCUCCUUCUCUAGGCAUCCUGUCAGAGCCCCAGUCGCAGUGGCAGGAUGAACCUCUUCUCUCUCAUGCAGUCCAUCAAUGAACUGGACGAUGAGGACCUAAGGAAUGAACAGGUAAGAGGAGGAAAAGAUGGAGAAGAGGUGAAAGAGAAGAGAAAGCAACCGUUUUUCUUACCCUUUGUUACCUUUAUUAUUCGCUGAUGUAGAUUGCCAACAGUCAUCGGCGGUCUCCAGGGCAACGGAGGCGGAGUCAUGGACGGAAGGGCCUCAUGCAUCAGAGGGCCCAUGUGGACGUUUCACCUGAGCCAAGCAGCCUAUCAGGACCCAGGACAUUUGAAGGGGUGGGGCCAAGCAAACCUGAGACCAGGGAAGGAGAUACCAAGAUGAUGGAAGGGCGGUAGAGGGAGGGAGAAGGGGAGAAUGGAGAAAGAGAAGCCUAGAGUAGACACUAAUAGGAAGAGAUUAAAUGUUCUGCCUUCUUUCAAGCUAUAAACAUGAAAGAAUCACCCAAAGAUAUUUAUAUACAUCAUACUA